CUGCGCGCUCCCGCUUCUUCUGUCAGUGAUCGCUUCGGCCGGGGAACGCAACGCGAUGCAGCCUCUCCCCGGAUCAGCCUGAGACAUGGGGGGAUUCCGCGGAGCGGGGGUCACCGUGUGCAGCUGCCUGCUGCUGCUGGUUAUGUGCACUGGGAGCCCAGCUUCUCAUUGCCGUAACAGUUUAGACUGUCCCCUGCACAAGAGGGAGGUUUGUCCUCCGGGCUCUACGGAGUGUGGCCCCUGUAUUCACGGAUACAAGGAAGACAGUGAAGGAAAAUGCGAGAAGGCAAAACCAGUGAAGGUGAGCGGCCCAGAAGAAGCCGUCAUCGACUACCUGGCCUCCAUGAUGGUGAAGCAGAACCCGCCACAUGCAGACUUUGCACAAGUGAACAGCACACCAUCCCAGGCUCCACCGCCUCCCAAUCUACCGGUGGAAAAGGGACCAUCAGGACGAAGUCACAUACCGGGGGCGCCUAGAACAACGGCACGACCUCCCAAUGAUGCCGUGCUGCUAGGUGUGGUGGUGGCCUGUGCGGUUGCCGGUCUCGUGGCUUUGAUUGUCGCUGGCGCAUGCUGGUGCAGGAUGCGAAAGGAUAUAAAGUUGGCAGAACGGACAGACUACCCCGCAUACAAGCAGUCUCCUCCCCCGCCAUAUGAGAAGUCGUCGCCCGGUGAUAAAAAAUUGGCACAAAAUGCCCAAAUGUAUCACUACCAACACCAAAAGCAGCAGAUGAUCUCGAUGGAGAAAAAUAAAGAUGAGCUGAAACACCCGGAUUCUGCCGUCACAUCAGACGAGGAGAACGAGGAUGGAGACUUCACAGUAUACGAGUGCCCAGGAUUAGCCCCAACAGGCGAAAUGGAGGUAAAAAACCCGCUCUUUGACGACUCCUCCCUGCACCACGCGACCAACGGCCCGCAUUAGACACCUCCUCCUGCAGACUCGUAUCCAAACCAAACCCAGUUCCGGAAAAAAUUGCUCUCAAGACGUGAACCAAACCCAGAGAUUUUACUGAGUGUGAUCAACCGUUCUUUUUUUUUUUUUUUUU